AUGAAUUGGCCGAUCGGAAAGGCGGAGAGCGGCGGAGGAGGAGGAGAAGGAAGCGGCGGGGGGAGGAGGGAGGGAAGGGGAGUGCCAAAGGGUUGCCUGGCGGUGACGGUGGGGCAGGGGGAGGAGCCGCGGCGGCGGUUCGUGAUCCCGGUGGCGUACGUGAACCACCCGCUGUUCACGCGGCUGCUCAGGGAGGCGGAGGAGGAGUACGGGUUCGAUCAGGAGGGGCCGAUCAACAUCCCCUGCCACGUGGAGGAGUUCUGCCGCAUCAGGGGGUUGAUCGACAGAGAGACGGCGUCGCACCACCACCACGGCCACGGCGGCGGCGGCGGACACCACCACCACUUUCUGUGCUUCAAGGCGUAG